UCGGCGCACGCGCCGGACCGGCGGGGCUCUUAAAGGCGCCGCGUCCCGUACCGACCCCCGCCCCCGGUAUCGGGAUGGAGGCGGCGACCGCAACGGCGGCCCCGGGCUGGCGGUGCCGGCCGGGGGGACGGCUGGAUAUGAGCCACGGCUUCGUGCGGCACAUCCGCCGCAACCAGCUCGCCAGGGACGCGUACGACCGCGCGGUGCGCCAGGCGCGGGGCCGAGCGCGGACGCGGCUGACCCCGACCCCGGCGCGGCCCCGGCGACCCGACCAGCAGGUGUACCGGCCCCACCGGGGUAGCGGUGAGCGGCACCCCGAGCGCGGGGACACCCGCGGGGCGUGGACGGGCGACCCCAAGAGGGGGUUGCGGAAGGGGGAGGGAAAUGCCGCAGGGGGGCCCGGGGGCGACGCCAGCGCGGGGCCGCCUCCCGACACCCGCGAGGCCUCCCCGGACCCCGCCCGCGGGCCGCGGCUCUUCUGCCUCGAGUACGAGGGCGACGACGGGCAGGUCACGGCCGUCAUCGUGCACCAGGGGGACAGCGCCGAGGAGGUGACACGCUGGGUGUGCGCCCGGAGCCCGCUGGAGCCCCCCCUGCGCAGGGCCCUUUGCCAGCGCGUGCAGGACGAGCUCAGCAAGCGCCGGGGCACCGGGUGACGCUGCCAUCCCCAGCCCCCGGACACUGCCAUCCCCAUGGGACCGGUGCCACCCCGGGGACUGGUGCCAUCCCCCCGGUGUCAAUAAAGGUGCUGCGCGGC